AUGGGAGAUAUUCAGGGUGGGAAAGGAUGUGGUCUGAUAAUGGGAAAGUUAAGUCCAAGUUACAAGAGAAAUUCAGGGAUGCCCUCUGCAUCUUUAUUAGUAAAUCUUCUUUCAGCUUUAUUCAUCCCUUUUGUGUUUGGAGAAACAGAGAUCAGGUUUGCCGGACAAACAGAAUUUGUAGUUAAUGAAACAAGUACAACAGUUAUUCGUCUUGUCGUUGAAAGGAUAGGAGACCCAGCAAAUGUUACUGCAAUUGUAUCGCUGUAUGGAGAUGACACUGGGGACUUUUUUGACACAUAUGCUGCAACUUUUAUACCCUUUGGAGAAACCAAUAGGACAGUGUACAUAGCAGUAUGUGAUGACGAUUUUCCAGAGCCGGAUGAAACUUUCAUUUUUCACUUAACUUUACAGAAACCUUCAGCAAAUGUGAAGCUUGGAUGGCCCAGGACUGUUACUGUGACAAUAUUAUCAAAUGACAAUGCAUUUGGGAUUAUUUCCUUUAAUAUGCCUUUCUCAAUCACAGUGAGUGAGCCCAGAGGCAGAAAUGAAUCUGUGCCUCUUACUCUCAUCAGAGAAAAAGGAACCUAUGGGAUGGUGACUGUGACUUUUGAGGUAGUGGGUGGCCCAUAUCCACCUGAAGAAGAUUUAAGUCCAGUUAAAGGAAAUAUCACUUUUCCUCCAGGCAAAGCAACGGUAGCUUAUAACUUGACAGUACUUGAUGAUGAGGUACCAGAAAAUGAUGAAAUAUUUUUGAUUCAACUGAAAAGUGUAGAAGGGGGAGCUGAGAUCAAUACCUCCAGGAGCUCAGUUGAGAUCAUUGUUAAGAAAAAUGACAGUCCUGUGAGAUUCAUUCAGAAUGUUUAUUUGGUACCCGAGGAAGACCACAUACUCACAAUUCCAGUGGUUCGUGGAAAAGAUGACAGUGGAAAUCUGAUUGGAUCUGAUGACUGUGAAGUUUCUAUCAGUUAUGUUAUUAUAACUGGGAAUUCAACAGCACAUGCCCAGCAAAAUUUAGACUUCAUUGAUCUUCAGCCAAACACAACUAUUGUUUUUCCACCUUUUAUUUAUGAAUCACACCUGAAAUUUCAAAUAGUGGAUGAUGCCAUACCAGAGAUUGCUGAAUCGUUUCAAGUUAUGUUACUAAAAGAUACUUUACGGGGAGAUGCUGUGCUGUUAGGCCCUUCUGUUGUACAAGUCACCAUUAAGCCAAAUGACAAACCUUACGGUGUCCUCUCAUUCAACAGUGUCUUGUUUGAAAGGACAGUUAUAAUUGAUGAAGAUACAACAACAAGAUUUGAAGAAAUUACAGUGGUUAGAAAUGGUGGCACUCACGGAAAUGUUUCCGUGAACUGGGUGUUGACACGCAAUAGCAGUGAUCCCUCACCAGUAACGACAGAUAUCAGGCCAAGAUCUGGAGUUCUCCAUUUUGCACAAGGGCAGAUGUUGGCAUCAGUUCCUCUCACUGUCGUUAAUGAUGAUCUUCCAGAAGAGGCAGAAGCUUACCUACUUCAGAUUCUACCUCAUACGAUACGAGGAGGUGCAGAAGUGAGCGAACCAGCGGAGCUUUUGUUCUACAUUCAGGAUAGUGAUGAUGUUUAUGGCCUAAUAACAUUUUUUCCUGUGGAAAACCAGAAGAUUGAAAGUAGCCCAGGUGAACGAUGUUUAUCGUUGAGUCUUACAAGACUGGGAGGAACUAAAGGAGAUGUGAAGAUAUUUUAUUCUGCAUUUUAUAUUCCUGCUGGAGCUGUGGACCCUUUGCGAGCAAAAGAUGGCAUCUUAAAUAUAUCCAAGAGAAGCAGUCUCAUUUUUCCAGAACAGAAAACCCAAGUCACUAUAAAAUUGCCAAUAAGAAGUGAUGCAUUCCUUCAAAAUGGAGCCCACUUUUUAGUACAGUUGGAAGCUGUGGAGUUGGUGAAUAUAGUUCCCCCAAUCCCACCUAUAAGUCCUAGAUUUGGGGAGAUCCAAAAUAUUUCUUUGGUGGUUACUCCAGACAUUGCAAAUGGAGAAAUUGGCUUUAUUAGCAAUCUUCCAAUCAUUUUGCAUGAGCCGGAAGAUUUUGCUGCUGAAGUGGUAUGCAUUCCCUUACAUCGGGAUGGAACUGAUGGCCAGGCUACUGUCCACUGGAGUUUGAAGCCCUCUGGCUUUAAUUCAAAAGCAGUGACCCUGGACGAUAUAGGACCCUUUAAUGGCUCUGUUGUGUUUUUAUCUGGGCAGAGUGACACAACAAUCAACAUUACUGUCAAAGCUGAUGACAUACCGGAAAUGAAUGAGACAGUAACACUUUCUCUAGACAGGGUCAGUGUGGAAAACCAAGUGCUGAAAUCUGGAUAUACAAGCCGUGACCUAAUUAUUUUGGAAAAUGAUGAUCCUGGGGGAGUUUUUGAAUUUUCUCCUGCUUCCAGAGGACCCUAUAUUAUAAAAGAAGGAGAAUCUAUAGAGCUCCACAUCAUCCGACAUAGGGGAGCACUGGUUAAGCAGUUUCUACACUACCGAAUAGAGCCAAGAGAUAGCAAUGAAUUCUAUGGUAACACAGGAGUACUGGAAUUUAAACCUGGGGAAAGGGAGAUCGUAAUCACCUUGCUGACAAGAUUGGAUGGGAUACCAGAGUUGGAUGAACAUUAUUGGGUGGUCCUUACCAGCCAUGGUGAACGGGAAAGCAAGUUGGGAAGUGCUACAAUUGUCAACAUAACGAUUCUAAAAAAUGAUGAUCCUCAUGGGAUUAUAGAAUUUGUUUCUGAUGAUCUAAUUGUUACGAUAAAUGAAAGUAAAGGAGAAAAUACCUAUAGUGCUGUUUAUGGUGUAAUAAGAAAUCGAGGCAACUUUGGUGAUGUUAAUGUAUCAUGGGUUGUUAGUCCAGAUUUUACACAAGAUGUGUUUCCUGUCCGAGCGACUGUUUUCUUUGGAGACCAGGAAUUUUUAAAAAAUAUCACCAUUUACUCCCUUCCAGAUGAGAUUCCAGAGGAAAUGGAGGAAUUUACUAUUAUCCUACUUAAUGCCACUGGAGGAGCUAAAAUAGGAAAUAAAACUACUGCUACUCUGAGGAUUAGAAGAAAUGAUGACCCCAUUUAUUUUGCAGAGCCUCGUGUAGUGAGGGUUCGGGAAGGUGAGACUGCUGACUUUAAAGUUCUCAGAAAUGGAUCUGUUGAUGUUCCCUGCACCGUCCAAUAUGCUACCAUGGAUGGGAAGGCUACUGCCAGAGAGGGAGACUUUGUUCCCAUUGAAAAAGGAGAAAUGCUCAUUUUUGCAGUUGGAAGUAGAGAGCAGAACAUAUCUGUAUUCAUUACGGAAGAUGAUAUCCCAGAAACAGAUGAGCCCUUUUAUAUAAUCCUCUUUAACUCAACAGGUGAUACAGUUGUAUAUCCAUAUGCAAUAGCUACAGUGAUAAUUGAAGCUAAUGAUGACCCAAAUGGUAUUUUUUCUUUGGAGCCCAUAGACAAAGCAGUCGAAGAAGGAAAGACUAAUUCAUUUUGGAUUUUGAGGCACCGGGGACACUUUGGCAAUGUUUCUGUGGCUUGGCAGCUCUUUCAGAAUGAUUCUGCUUUGCAACCUGGACAAGAGUUCUAUGAAACUUCAGGGACUGUUAACCUUAUGGAUGGAGAAGGAGCCAAACCAAUAAUUCUCCAUGCUUUUCCAGACAAAAUUCCUGAAUUCAACGAGUUUUAUAUUUUAAAGCUUGUAAACAUUUCAGGUGGGUCCCCAGGUCCUGGGGGCCAGCUGGCAGCAACCAACCUCCAGGUGACAGUAAUGAUACCAUUCAAUGAUGAUCCCUUUGGAGUUUUCAUCUUGGAUCCAGAGUGCUUAGAGAGAGAAGUGGCAGAAGAUGUCCUCUCGGAAGACGCUAUGUCUUAUAUCACCAACUUUACCGUUCUGAGACAGCAGGGCACCUUUGGUGAUGUACGAGUAGGCUGGGAAGUAUUGUCUAGUGAGUUCACUGCUGGUUUGCCUCCAGUGAUAGAUUUUUUGCUGGCUGGAAUUUUUCCCAGCACCGUGCAUUCACAGCCACACAUGAGGCGUCACCAUAGUGGAACAGAUGCAUUGUACUUCAGUGGACUAGAGGGUGCAUUUGGAACUGUUAAUCCAAAAUACCAUCCCUCGAGGAACAACUCAAUUGCCAACUUUACAUUUUCAGCUUGGGUAAUGCCCAAUGCCAAUACGAAUGGAUUUGUUAUAGCAAAGGAUGAUGGUAAUGGAGGCAUCUACUAUGGGGUAAAAAUUCACACAAAUGAAUCCCACGUGACACUUUCCCUCCAUUACAAAACUCUGGGUUCCAAUGCUACGUAUGUUGCCAAGACCACUGUCAUGAAAUAUUUGGAAGAAAAUGUUUGGCUGCAUCUUCUAAUUGUCCUGGAUGAUGGUAUAAUUGAAUUCUACCUUGAUGGAAAUGCAAUGCCCAGAGGAAUCAAGAGUCUGAAAGGAGAAGCCAUUACUGAUGGUCCAGGAACAUUGAGAAUUGGGGCAGGAGUGAAUGGCAACGACAGAUUUACAGGUCUGAUGCAGGAUGUGAGGUCCUAUGAGCGGAAAUUGACCCUUGAAGAAAUUUAUGAACUUCACGCCAUGCCAGCCAAGAGUGAUUUGCAUCCUGUUUCUGGAUAUCUGGAAUUCAGACAGGGAGAAACUAACAAAUCAUUCAUUAUUUCUGCAAGAGAUGACAAUGAAGAGGAAGGAGAAGAAUUAUUCAUUCUUAAGCUAGUUUCUGUAUAUGGAGGAGCUCGCCUUUCCGAAGAGAAUACUACAGCAAGAUUGGUAAUACAAAAAAGUGACAAUGCCAAUGGCUUGUUUGGUUUCACAGGAUCCUGUAUACCAGAGAUUGCAGAGGAGGGAUCCACCAUUUCGUGUGUAGUGGAGCGAACCAGAGGAGCUCUGGAUUAUGUGCAUGUUUUUUACACUAUUUCACAGAUCGAAUCUGAUGGUGUUAAUUACCUUGUUGAUGAUUUUGCUAAUGUCAGUGGAAGUAUCACAUUCCUUCCUUGGCAGAGAUCAGAGGUCCUGAAUAUUUAUGUCCUUGAUGAUGAUAUUCCUGAGCUUAAUGAGUAUUUCCGUGUGACCUUGGUUUCUGCGAUUCCUGGAGAUGGGAAAAUAGGUUCGACUCCCACCAGUGGUGCAAGCAUAGACCCUGAAAAGGAAACAACAGAUAUCACCAUCAAAGCGAGUGAUCAUCCAUAUGGCUUGCUACAGUUCUCCACUGGGCCGCCUCCGCAGCCUGAGGACACAAUGACCCUGCCUGCAAGCAGUGUUCCCCACGUCACUGUGCAGGAGGAAGAUGGAGAAGUUAGGCUGUUGGUCGUCCGUGCACAAGGGCUCCUGGGGAGGGUUAUGGCAGAAUAUAGAACAGUGUCACUGACAGCAUUCAGUCCUGAAGACUACCAGAGUGUUGCUGGUACCUUAGAAUUUCAACCAGGAGAAAGAUUUAAGUACAUUUCUGUAAAUAUCACUGAUAAUUCUAUUCCUGAAUUGGAGAAAUCCUUUAAAGUUGAGUUGUUAAACUUGGAAGGAGGAGUGCCUGAACUCUUUAGGGUUGAUGGCAGUGGUAGUGGUGAUGGGGACAUGGAAUUCUUCCUUCCAGCUAAUCACAAACGUGCCAGUCUAGGAGUGGCUUCCCAAAUUCUAGUGACAAUUGCAGCCUCUGACCAUGCUCAUGGUGUAUUUGAAUUUAGCCCUGAGUCACUGGCUGUCAGUGGAACUGAACCAGAAGAUGGAUACAGUACUGUUAUAUUCAAUAUUAUGAGAAGUCAUGGGGCUCUGUCUCGAGUGAUUUUGCUUUGGAGCGUAGACUCUGACCCUGACGGCGAUCUGGCCUUCACCUCUGGCAAUGUCACAUUUGAGAUUGGACAGAAGAGCGCCAACAUCACAGUGGAAAUAUUGCCUGAUGAAGAUCCAGAACUGGAUAAAACAUUCUCUGUGACCAUCCUCAGCGUCUCCAGUGGCUCUCUAGGCGUUCAUACUAAUGCCACACUAAUUGUUUUGGCUAGUGAUGAUCCUUACGGGGUCUUCAUCUUUUCUGAGAAAAAUAGACCUAUUAAAGUGGAGGAAGCAACCCAGAACAUCACGUUGUCAAUAAUAAGGUUAAAAGGCCUCUUGGGAAAAGUUAAAGUCACAUAUGCAACACUGGAUGAUAUGGAAAAGCCACCUCAUUUUCCACCUAAUUUAGCCAGAGCAACUCAAGGGAAAGACUACAUACCAGCUUCUGGAUUUGCUGUUUUUAGAGCCAAUCAGAGUGAGGCAACAAUAACUGUUUCAGUCUUGGAUGAUGAUGAGCCAGAAAGGUCGGAGUCUUUGUUUGUUGAACUACUCAACUCUACUUUAACAGAGAAAGUGCAGAAUCGCCCAAUUCCAAACUCUCCACGCCUAGGGCCUAAGGUAGAAGCUAUUGCUCAGUUAAUUAUCAUUGCCAAUGAUGAUGCCUUCGGAAUUCUUCAGCUCUCAGCACCAGUUGUUCGAGUAGCAGAAAAUCAUGUUGGACCCAUUAUCAAUGUGACAAGAACAGGAGGAGCAUUUGCAGAUGUUUCUGUGAAGUUUAAAGCUGUGCCAAUAACUGCAGUAGCUGGUGAAGAUUAUAGUAUAGCUUCAUCGGAUGUGGUCUUACUAGAAGGGGAAACCAGUAAAGCUGUGCCAAUAUAUAUCAUUAAUGACAUCUACCCUGAGCUGGAAGAAUCUUUUCUUGUGCAACUGCUGAAUGAAACAACAGGAGGGGCGAAACUCGGGGCGUUAACAGAGGCAAUCAUUAUUAUUGAGGCCUCUGAUGAUCCCUAUGGAUUAUUUGGUUUUCAGAUUACUAAACUUACUGUAGAGGAACCUGAGUUUAACUCAGUGAAGGUAAACCUGCCAAUAAUUCGAAAUUCUGGGACACUCGGCAAUGUUACUGUUCAGUGGGUUGCCACUAUUAAUGGACAGCUUGCUACUGGCGACCUGCGAGUUGUCUCAGGUAAUGUGACCUUUGCCCCUGGGGAAACCAUUCAAACCUUGUUGUUAGAGGUCCUGGCUGACGACGUUCCGGAGAUUGAAGAGGUUAUCCAAGUGCAACUAACUGAUGCCUCUGGUGGAGGUACUGUUGGGUUAGAUCGAGUGGCAAAUAUUAUUAUUCCUGCCAAUGAUAAUCCUUAUGGUACAGUAGCCUUUGUUCAGUCGGUUUCUCGUGUUCAAGAGCCCCUGGAGAGAAGUUCCUGUGCUAACAUAACUGUCAGGAGAAGCGGAGGGCACUUUGGCCGGCUGUUGUUGUUCUACGGCACUUCUGAUAUUGAUGUAGUGGCUCUUGCAGUUGAGGAGGGUCAAGACUUACUGUCCUUCUAUGAAUCGCCAAUUCAAGGGGUACCGGACCCACUUUGGAGAACUUGGGUGAAUGUCUCUGCGAUGGGGGAGCCCCAGGAUACUUGUGCCACUUUGUGCCUCAAAGAACACGCGUGCUCAGCGUUUUCCUUUCUCAGUGCUUCUGAAGGCCCCCAGUGCUUUUGGAUGACUUCCUGGACCAGCCCAACUGCUAACAACUCAGACUUCUGGACCUAUAAGAAGAACGUGACCAGAGUAGCAUCUCUUUUUAGCGGUCAGGCUGUGGCUGGUAGUGACUAUGAGCCUGUGACGAGGCAGUGGGCCAUCAUGCGGGAAGGCGAUGAAUUUGCAAAUCUCACCGUUUCUAUUCUUCCCGACAAUUUCCCAGAGAUGGAUGAGAGUUUCCUGAUUUCUCUCCUCGAAGUUCAUCUCAUGAACAUCACAGCCAGUUUUAAAAACCAGCCAACCAUAGGACAGCCAAACACUUCUACAGUCGUCAUAGCAUUAAAUGGUGAUGCCUUCGGAGUGUUUGUGAUCUACAGUAUUAGUCCCAACACCUCCGAAGAAGGCUUAUAUGUCGAAGUUCAGGAGCAGCCUCAAAGCACAGUGGAGAUGGUGAUCCACAGGACAGGGGGCAGCUUAGGUCAGGUGACAGUCGAAUGGCGUGUCGUUGGUGGAACAGCUACUGAAGGUUUAGAUUUUAUAGGUGCUGGAGACAUUCUGACUUUUGCUGAAGGUGAAACCAAAAAGGUUGCCAUUUUGACCAUUUUGGAUGACUCCGAGCCAGAGGAUGAUGAAAUCAUUGUAGUUAGUUUGGUGUACACGGAAGGUGGAAGUAGAAUUUUGCCCAGUUCCGACACCAUCAGAGUGAACAUUUUGGCCAAUGACAAUGUGGCGGGCGUUGUUAGCUUUCAGACUGCUUCCAGAUCUGUCAUAGGUCAUGAAGGAGAAACUUUACAGUUCCAUGUGAUAAGAACACCCCCUGGUCGAGGAAAUGUUACUGUUAACUGGAAAAUUAUUGGGCAAAACCGAGAACUCAAUUUUGCUGACUCUACUGGUCAGCUCUUCUUUCCUGAGGGGUCAUUGAAUAAAACAAUAUCUGUGCAUUUGUUGGAUGACAAUAUUCCUGAGGAGAAAGAAGUAUACCAGGUCAUUCUGUAUGAUGUCAGGACACAAGGAGUUUCACCAGCAGGUGCUGCUCUGCUCGACGCUCAAGGAUAUGCAGCUGUUCUGACCGUAGAAGCCAGUGAUGAACCACACGGAGUGUUAAAUUUUGCUCUUUCAUCAAGAUUUGUUUUGCUGCAGGAGGCUAACACAACAGUUAAGCUUUUCAUCAACAGAGAAUUCGGAUCUCUAGGAGCAAUUAAUGUCACGUAUGCCACAGUUCCUGGAAUGUUGAGCCGAAAGAACCAAACAGAAGGAAACCUCGCUGAGCCAGAUGUGGACUUCGUCCCAGUCAUUGGCUUUCUGAUUUUAGAAGAAGGGGAAACAGCAGGAGCCAUCGACAUUACUAUCCUUGAGGACGAUAUACCAGAACUAGAAGAAUGUUUCCUCGUGAAUUUAACUCAUGUGGAACUUAUCAUGGCUCCUUUCACUUCGUUUCCUCCUAGAUUAGAUUCAGAGGGCUUGACUGCCCAAAUCAUCAUUGAUGCGAAUGAUGGUGCUCGAGGCGUAGUCAAGUGGCAGCAGAGCAGGUUUGAAGUAAAUGAAACCCAAGGAAGUCUAACGUUGGUAGCCCAGAGGAGCACAGGGGCUCUUGGCCCUGUUUCCCUGUUUGUGUAUGCCCAGAAUUUGGAAGCGCAGCUGGGAGUGGAUUACGCCUUUACACCAAUGAUUCUUCAUUUCGCUAAUGGAGAAAGGUAUAAAAACGUUGACAUAGUGAUUCUUGAUGAUGACAUUCCAGAAGGAGAUGAAGCAUUUCAGCUGAUUUUAACAAAUCCUUCUUCUGGACUGGAGCUGGGAGAAAGUAUAGUAGCCUUCAUUACCAUCCUUGCUAAUGACGAUGGCCCUGGAGUUCUGUCGUUUAACAACAGUGAGCACUUUUUCCUACGAGAACCGACAGCUGUCUACGUCCAGGAGAGUAUGGCAGUGUUGAACGUUGUUCGGGAACCUGCCCAAGGACUGUUUGGAACUGUGACCGUUCAGUUCAUUGUGACAGAAGUGAAUUCUUCAGUGGAGUCGAAAGACCUGACUCCUUCCAAAGGCUAUGUUGUUUUAGAAGAAGGUGUUCGUUUCAAGGCCCUACACAUAUCUGCCAUACUGGACACAGAACCAGAGAUGGAUGAGCAUUUUGUUUGCACCUUGUUUAAUCCGACUGGAGGUGCUAGACUAGGGGCACAUGUUCAAACCCUGAUAACCAUUUUGCAGAACCAGGCCCCUUUGGGGCUAUUCAGUAUCUCUGCAGUUGCAAAUAGAGGCACCUCUGUAAACAUUGAAGAAGCCAACAGGACUGUGUAUUUAAGUGUGUCACGUACUAAUGGCAUUGAUUUAGCCGUGAGUGUGGAGUGGGAGACAGUUUCUGAAACAGCCUUCGGCAUGAGGGGAAUGGAUGUUACGUUUUCUACUUUUCAAAGCUUUCUGGAUGCAUCAGCUUCUGGCUGGUGUUUCUUUACUUUGGAAGACUCGGUACAUGGUUUAAUGUUAAGAAAAUUGUCUUCUACUCUUUACCGAUGGCAAGGGAUUUUUGUCCCAUUAGAGGAUUUAAGUAUAGAAAAUCCUAAAACAUGUGAAGCUUUUAAUAUUGGUCUUUCCCCCUACUUUGUGAUUACUCAUGAAGAGAGAAAUGAAGAAAAGUCUUCUGUUAAUAGUGUGUAUAUGUUCACAUCUGGAUUCAAAUUAUUCCUGGUACAAACAAUCAAUAUUUCAGAAAGUUCUCAAGUAAGAUAUUUUACUUCAGACAGUCAAGGUUAUUUGAUUGUUGCAAGUCAAAGUGAUGAUUCUCAAUUAACUCAGGUCUUCAGGUGGAAUGGAGGAAGCUUUGUGUGGCAUCAGACCCUCUCUGUCCGAGGUGUGCUGAGCAUGGCCUUGUUCACCAGAGGCGGCGCUGUGUUUUUAGCCAUUGCCCAGGCUAAUGCCAGGUCAAACUCCCUUUUACUCAGGUGGUCCAGCAAUGAGUUUACUAACUUCCAGGAAGUUCCCGUCAGUGGAACAACACAAGUGGAAGCCUUGACUUCAGGCGAUGAUAUUUACUUAAUUUUUGUCAACACUGUCUUUCUAGGAGAUCAGAAUUCAGUUGACAUUUUCGUCUGGGAGGCAGGACAGUCUUCUUUCAGAUAUUUUCAAUCCCUGGAUUUUGCAGCUGUUAAUAAGAUCCACUCUUUCACACCAGCUUCAGGAAUAGUCCACUUACUUCUUCUUGGCCAAGCUGUGUCUGCGCUUUACUGCUGGAAUUCAGAGCUGAAUCACUUCUCUCUUAUUCUUGAAGCACCAUCUGCUUCUGAUGCAGCCUUUGUUACAGUGAAGUCCCUUAAUUCAAGCAAAAAUUUAAUUGCUCUUGCAGGAGCCACCCACUCACAUAUAUAUGAGCUAGCCUACGUCUCAAGCCAGUCUGACUUUAUUCCUAGUUCAGGUGAAUUGAUAUUUGAGCCUGGAGACAAAGAAGCUAUAAUAGCGGUAAAUGUCCUCGAUGAUACAGUUCCGGAGGAAGACGAAUCCUUCAGAGUUCAGCUUAAAAAUCCCAAAGGAGGAGCAGAGAUUGGUAUUAAUGGUUACGUACAAAUAACUAUUCUGUCUAAUGAUGAUGCCUAUGGAGUUGUUGGAUUUGCUCAGAAUUCAUUAUAUAAGCAAGUGGAAGAAAUGGAGCAAGAUAGCCUAGUAACCUUGAAUGUGGAACGCUUAAAAGGAACAUAUGGUCGUAUAACCGUAGCGUGGGAAGCUGACGGAAGUAUUAGUGAUAUAUUUCCUACCUCAGGAGUGAUUUCAUUUUCUGAAGGCCAGGCACUGUCUACAAUUACUCUGACUGUUCUUGCGGAUGAUCUACCAGAAUUGUCAGAGAUUGUCAUUGUAACACUCAUCCAUAUUAUCACAGAAGGGGUUGAGGACCUAUCAAAAGGUGCUACUAUUGAUCAGAAAAGAAACCAGUCUGUGAUAACCACUCUGCCCAAUGACUCACCUUAUGGCUUGGUUGGCUGGCAUGCUGAGUCUCUCUUCAUUAAAGUAGCAGAGCCUAAAGAGAACGUCACUGCUCUUCAGUUACAAAUCGUUCGAGAUAAAGGAUUACUUGGAGACAUAGCCAUUCAGUUGGUAGCUAAAUCCAAUUUCUUACUGCACAUCAAUAAUCAAGCCACUGAGAAUGAAGAUUAUGUGCUACAAGAAACAAUGAUAAUAAUGAAAGAAAACAUAAAAGAAACUUACGUCAAAGUUGCAAUUUUGCCGGAUGAUGUUCCUGAGCUGGAGGAAGGGUUUAUUGUCAGCAUCACGGAGGUGCGCCUGGUGAACUCUGACUUCUCUGCAGGACAGCCCAGUGUGCGAAGGCCGGGGCUGGAAAUGGCUGAGAUAAUGAUUGAAGAAAAUGAUGAUCCCAGAGGAAUUUUUAAGUUCCACAUUACCAGAGAUGUUGCAGUUAUUACUGCCUAUGAGGUGCCUCCACCCAUGAAUGUUCUUCAAGUUCCUGUAGUUCGGCUGGCUGGAAGCUUUGGGGAAGUAAAGGUUUAUUGGAAAGCAGCAGUGGAUAGUGCUGGCCUGGAAGACUUUAAGCCGUCUCAUGGGAUUCUUGAAUUUGCAGAUAGACAAGUUAUGGCAGUGAUAGAAAUCACCAUAAUUGAUGAUGAUGAAUUUGAGCUCAUGGAGAUAUUCAAUAUUUCCUUAAUCAAGGUGGCUGGAGGUGGCAGACUUGGCGAUGAUGUUGUGGUAACUGUUGUUAUUCCACAAAAUGACUCUCCAUUUGGAGUAUUUGGAUUUGAAGAAAAGACUGUAAUGGUAGAUGAAUCCCUUUUGUCUGAUGACCCUGAUUCAUACGUGACAUUGACAGUUGUCCGGUCCCCAGGAGGUAAAGGAGCUGUCCGACUUCAGUGGACCAUAGAUGAGAUGGCUAAGGAUGACCUCAGUCCUUUAAGUGGGACGCUUCAUUUUGAUGAGACUGAUUCCCAGAAGACCAUUGUGCUGCACGCACUUCAGGACGCCAUGCUGGAGGAGGACAGGCGUUUCACCAUUCAGCUGCUCUCAGUUGAUGAGGUAGAAAUAUCUCCAGUAAAAGGUAGCGCAUCAAUAAUCAUUCGAGGAGAUAAGGGAGCAUCUGGAGAAGUUGGGAUAGCUGCAUCAUCUAGGCACGUCCUCAUUGGAGAACCCUCAGCAAAAUAUAAUGGUACUGCCAUCAUCAGCCUUAUUCGUGGCCCAGCGAUUUCUGGGGAGGUCACAGUGUCCUGGAGGAUAGUCCCUCCUUCCUUGGAGGAAUUUGCUGAAACAUCAGGAAAGCUCAGGAUGCGAGAUGGACAGUCUGCGGCCAUUGUAGUGAUACAGGCUUUGACCGAUGACCUCCCCGAGGAAAAGCGUUUCUAUGAGUUUCAGCUCACUGGGGUCAGCGAGGGCGGACUGUUGAGCGAGUCUAGCACCACCGCCAACAUCACCAUGGUGGCUAGUGACUUUCCCUAUGGCCGGUUCGCCUUUUCUCAAGAGCAGCUGCGAGUGACGGAGGAAGUACGAAAGGUUAACCUCACAGUCAUCCGAUCGGGUGGGUCUUUCGGCCGCGUGAGGCUCUGCUUGGAGGCUGUGAGCGGGACAGCCGAGGUCGGCGUGGACUUCCUGCCUCCACCCGUGCAGCUCCUCUUUGAAGCCAGAGAGACGGUGAAAAGCGUGCACAUUGAAAUCCUUGAUGACAGCCUUCCUGAAGGUCCUGAGGAAUUUUCCCUCGUGAUGACGGAGGUGGAACUCCUGGGAAGAGGGUAUGAUUUUACCAUCCAAGAAAACGGACUUCAAAUAGACCAACCUCCUGAAAUAGGAAACAUCUCCGUUGUCCGAAUCAUCAUAAUGAAAAAUGAUAAUGCAGAGGGAAUCAUUGAAUUUGACCCAAGGUAUACCACCUUUGAAGUGGAGGAAGACAUAGGGAUGAUCAUGAUUCCCGUGCAGAGGCUUCACAGCACUUACGGCCGUGUCACGGCUGAUCUCAUCUCUCAGAGCUCCUCUGCGGUUCCUGGUGGUGUCGAUUAUGUACUGCAUGGUAGUUCCGUCACCUUUCAGCAUGGGCAGAACUUAAGUUUUAUAAAUGUUUCCAUCAUUGAUGACGAUGAAAGUGAAUUUGAGGAGCCCAUUGAAAUUAUGCUCGUUGGAGCUACUGGUGGAGCGGUCCUUGGGCGCCACCUAGUGUGCAGAAUCACGAUUGCCAAGAGUGACUCUCCUUUCGGUGUAAUAAGAUUUCUCAAUCAAAGCAGAGUUUCUGUUCCUAAUCCCAGUUCCACAGUGAUUUUACCCUUGAUGCUGGAGCGGACCGGAGGACUCUUGGGAGAGAUUCAGGUGAACUGGGAGAUAGUAGGACCCAAUUCUCAGGAAGCCUUACCAUCGCAGAACCGGGACAUCGCGGACCCGGUGAGCGGGUCCUUCUCUUUUGGAGAUGGGGAAGGUGGAGUGAGAAGCAUCAUUCUGGGAAUCUAUCCACAUGAUGACAUUGAAAUUGAAAAGACUUUCAUCAUUAAACUUAAACUUGUGAAAGGAGAAGCUCAAUUAGACUCCACAGCUAAAGAUAUUACAUUAACAAUAGAGAAGUUUGGUGAUCCUAAUGGAGUGAUUCAGUUUGCUCCCGAGUCUUUGUCUGAGGAGACCUAUUUGGAGCCAUCCACUCUGGAAGGGCCGCUGAUCAUUACCUUCUUUGUCAGAAGACUCAAGGGUGUUUCAGGAGAGAUUAUGGUUUAUUGGGAAUUAAGUAGUGAGUUCGAUAUUACUGGAGACUUUCUCUCUACAAAAGGAAUUUUCACCAUUGCUGAUGGAGACAGUGAAGCCAGCUUUGAUGUUCAUUUGCUGCCAGAUGAUAUUCCUGAGAUAGAGGAAGUGUAUGUGCUCCAGCUUGUUUCAGUAAAGGGAGGAGCAAAACUGGAUACAGAAAAGUGUGUCAUUCGGUUCUCUGUUCCUGCAAAUGACGACCCGCAUGGAAUAUUUGCCCUGUAUUCAGAUCAUCAGUCCGUACUUAUCGGGCAGAACCUUCGUAGAUUGCUCCAAAUUAAUGUAACCCGGCUUGCGGGCACAUUUGGAGAUGUGGCUGUUAGAUAUCGAAUAUCAUCUGACUCCAAGGCGCAGUCUGUUGUUACAGAAAAUGCAGAGAGGCAGUUGGUGGUCAGAGAUGGUACCAGAUAUAAAGUGGACUCAGUGCCAGUCCAGGGGCAGGUCUUCCUACCCCUGGGCUCGAAUUUCACCUUACAGCUGGUGACCGUGAUGCUUGUUGGUGGAAGUUUCUAUGGCGUGCCCAAAAUUCUCCAGGAAGCAAAAUCCGCCCUCCUUCCAGUUCCAGAGAAAGCUGCCAAUUCUCAGGUUGGGUUUGAAUCUACUGCUUUUCCACUCACGGACAUCGCUGCCGGGACAAGCCAAGCUGUGAUUUCUAGGAGAGGCACGUAUGGCUCUCUCAAGGUUUCCUGGGCAGCUGGAUACGUUCCUGGGUCAGAAAUCCCUGAAUUCACUGCUGUUGGCAACAUGACCCCCAAAGUAGGGAGGCUUUCCUUUUCCCAUGGAGAAGAAAGUAAAAGAGUCUUGCUUUGGACACACCCAAGCCCUGGGUGGCUGGAGGCCUUUGUCGUUCAUCUCUCUGGAGUGCAGAGCAGUGUCCCCGGUGGGGCUCAGCUUCGGUCAGGUUUCACUGUUGCUGAAAUUGAACCGAUGGGAGUCUUUCAAUUUUCCCCCAGUUCAAGAAAUAUCAUUGUGUCAGAGGAUACACAGAUGAUCAGAUUACAUGUACAAAGACUGUUUGGGUUCCACGGGGAGCUUAUUAAAGUUUCCUAUCAGACAACUGCAGGGAGGGCAAAGCCCCAGGAAGACUUUGAGCCUGUUCAGAAUGGGGAACUGCUUUUCCAAAAAUUCCAAGUUGAGGUUGAUUUUGAAAUAAUUAUUAUUGAUGAUGAACUUCCUGAGAUAGAAGAAAUUUUUUACAUUAAUCUAACUUCAGUGGAAAUUAAAGGAUUGCCAAAAUUUGAUUCUAAUUGGAGACCACGCCUGAAUCGAGAUUUCAGCGUGGCAGUGAUCACAAUAUUGGAUAAUGAUGACCUGGCAGGAACGGAUACUUCUUUCGCCAAGACAGCUGUGACCACAGCAGUGGACACAGCCCUUCCUCUGGAAACCGACUCUGCCACCACACACCCUGACACAACCGAGAUUACUGCCAUUCCACAGCCCACCGAAGUGGUCGCCUUGGUUACGGAGGUGGCUGGCGUAUCUCCCAUCCCUGAGGACCUUGUCACUCUUGCUGGGCCCUCUGCCAUGUCUGAGAAGCCUAAUGCGGCCACUGUAACUACAGAUACCUCCGUUCAUGGAACAUUUAGUCUUGGGCCCCCUGUUGUUUACGUCGAAGAGGAAAUGGAGAAUGGCACGUUGAACGCUGCAGAGGUUCUUGUCCGGAGAACUGGUGGGUCUGCUGGCAAUGUCAGCGUAACAGUUAGAACUUUCGGUGAGACAUCUGCUCAGAAGGAACCAAAUGCAUUGCCUUUUCCUGACAGCCAUGGAAUUUCCAACCUAACAUGGGCAACCGAAGAAGAAGAUUUUGGAGCGCAGACUCUCAUCCUUUCGUUUGUAGAUGGAGAAAGAGAACGUAAAGUGUCGAUUCCAAUUCUGGAUGAUGGUGACCCCGAGGGACAGGAAUUCUUCUAUGUGUUUCUCACAGACCCACAAGGGGGAGCACAGAUCGUGAAGGGAGAGGAUGACGCUGGCUUUGCAGCUUUUGCCAUGAUCGUUAUUACAGGGAGUGAUCUUCACAAUGGCAUUAUAGGAUUCAGUGAGGAGUCCCAGAGUAGACUGGAGCUUGGUGAAGAAACUGAGAUGAGCAGUCUGCGACUUACUGUUACAAGGCAGCCAAACAGAGCCUUCGAAGAUGUCAGGGUCUUUUGGCGAGUCACAUUUAACAAAACAGCUGCUGUGCUCCAGAAAGAUGGUGUGAACCUGGUGGAUCAGCUUCUGUCUGUAGCAGGGACCACUGUCUGCAUGGCAGGCCAAACAAAGGGCUUGAUCACCAUUGAGCUCAAGCCUGGAAAGAUACCUCAAAGUGAAAUAGAUUUUUUUGUGGAACUGUACAAAGUAACAGCUGGAGCAGCUCUAAACAAUAGUGCCAGAUUUGCACAGAUUAAAUUAUUACAGCGUGAUAAACCUCCAAGUCUCGUGUACUUCUCUGUGGGUUCUCGACUGCCGGUGGCUCAUAAGAAGGCCACUCUCAUUAGUCUGCAAGUGGCCAGAGAGCAUGGGGCAGGACUAGUGAUGUCUGUCAACUUCAGCACCCAGGAGUUGAGGAGCGCCGAGACCAUCGGUCGUACUCUCAUAUCUCCAGCUAUUUCUGGGAAAGACUUUGUGAGAACUGAAGGCACAUUGAUCUUUGAGCCUGGCCAGAGAACCACUGUCCUCGAUGUCAUCCUCACGCCAGAGACAGGGUCUUUGAAUCCAUUUCCUAAACGCUUCCAGAUCGUGCUUUUUGACCCAAGAGGGGGUGCUGGAGUUGAUAAAGUAUACGGGACCGCGAACAUCACUCUCGUCUCUGACACAAACUCCCAGGCCUUUUGGGGGCUUGCGGAUCAGCUGCAGCAGCCCCUGGACGGUGACAUUCUCAACAGGGUGCUCCACAGCGUCAGUGUGAAAGUGGCCACAGAGAACACAGAUGAACAGCUCAGCGCCGUGCUGUAUUUAAUAGACAAGAUAACUGUUGAAGGAAAACAACAAGCAUUAAGCAUUGAAAGCCGAAAUCUUUUCUAUGAGAUCCUUUGUGCUCUCGUUAACCCAAAGCGCAAGGACACUAGAGGAUUCAGUCACUUUACUGAAGUGACGGAGAAUUUUGCCUUUUCUCUACUGACUGAUGUUACGUGUGGCUCUCCUGGUGAAAAAGGCAAAACCAUCCUUGACAGCUGCCCGUAUUUGUCCAUACUGGCUCUUCACUGGUACCCUCAGCAGAUCAAUGGGCACAAGUUUGAAGGAAAAGAAGGUGAUUAUAUUCGAGUUCCAGAGAGGUUAUUGGAUGUUCUGGAUGCAGAAAUAAUGGCCGGGAGAAGCACGUGUGAAUUAGUCCAGUUUACAGAAUAUAGCAGCCAGCAGUGGUUUAUGACUGGAAACAAUUUCCAUGCCCUGAAAAAUAAGGUAUUAUCUUUGAGUGUGAAAGGUCAGAGUUCACAACCCCUGACCAACAGCAAUGAGAUUCUCUACAGGAUUUAUGCUGCCGAGCCUAGAAUUGUUCCUAAGACUCCUCUGUGUCUCCUUUGGAAUCCGUCUGCUGCGAGCUGGUUGUCCGACAGUCAGUUUUGCAAAGUGGUUGAGGACACUUCGGGCUACGUGGAAUGUGCCUGUUCAUACAUGUCUGUGUACGCAGUCUACGCCCAGACUGACAACUUGUCUUCAUACAAUGAAGCUUUUUUCUCUUCUGGAUUUAUAUGUAUUUCAGGUCUCUGCCUGGCUGUUCUUUCCCAUAUCUUCUGUGCCAGGUAUUCCAUGUUUGCGGCUAAACUUCUGACUCACAUGCUGGCAGCCAGCUUAGGUACACAGAUUGUAUUUCUGGCAUCUGCAUACGCAAGUCCCCAACUCACAGAGGAGAGCUGUUCAGCCAUUGCCGCAGUCACACAUUACCUGUAUCUUUGCCAGUUUAGCUGGAUGCUCAUCCAGUCUGUGAAUUUCUGGUACGUGCUGGUGAUGAAUGAUGAACACACAGAAAGGCGCUAUCUGCUCUUCCUCCUUCUGAGCUGGGGACUCCCAGCUUUAGUGGUGAUCCUCCUCAUAGUUGUUUUGAGAGCAGCCUAUCAUCAGAGCAUGCCACAGAUCUAUGGACUCAUCCACGGUGACCUGUGUUUCAUCCCAAACGUCUACGCAGCUCUGUUCACUGCAGCCCUCGUCCCGGUAACGUGCCUCGUGGUGGUGUUCGUGGUGUUCACCCACGCCUACCAGGUGAAGCCACAGUGGAGAGCAUACGAUGACGUCUUCAGAGGAAGGACAAAUGCUGCAGAAAUUCCACUGGUUUUGUAUCUCUUUGCCCUGAUUUCAAUGACAUGGCUUUGGGGAGGCCUGCACAUGGCUUACAGACACUUCUGGAUGUUGGUUCUGUUCAUCAUUUUCAACAGCUUGCAGGGACUUUACGUUUUUGUGGUUUAUUUCAUUCUGCACAACCAGACGUGCUGCCCUAUGAAGGCCAGCUACACAGUGGAAAUGAAUGGGCACCCCGGACCUAGCACCACCUUCUUCACCCCCGGGAGUGGAAUGCCUGCUGCUGGGGGCGAGAUCAGCAAGUCCACCCAGAAUCUUAUCAGUGCUAUGGAGGAGGUACCACCUGACUGGGAGACAGCAUCCUUCCAGCAAGCCAGUCAGGCCAGCCCUGACUUAAAGCCAAGCCCACAAAAUGGCGCCAUGUUCCCUUCCUCUGGAGGAUAUGGCCAGGGGUCACUAGUAGCCGAUGAGGAGUCCCAGGAGUUUGAUGACUUGAUAUUUGCAUUAAAAACUGGCGCUGGUCUCAGUGUCAGUGAUAAUGAAUCCGGUCAAGGCAGCCAGGAGGGAGGCACCUUGACUGACUCCCAGAUUGUGGAACUCAGAAGAAUCCCCAUUGCCGACACCCACCUCUAG